GAAAAGGAAAAUGACAGCCACGCGACCGAGCAGCGGAUCUGGCAACGGCAGAAUAAGGAAGGAAGAACAGAACAGAAUGCAGCGCGCGAGACUUGGAUUGUGGAUUUGGGUGAAGGGAACCGCAGUCAGUGAGCUGCUGCUGCGGCGGAGCAUUUGUUGAAGCGAAAUGUCCAAUAUGGAGUUCUAUCUACACAAACGAUGGCGUAUAAGCGGGGAGAAAAA